AUGCCCCAGGGUGUGACGUGUAGUAAGCUGGUUCUUGGGGAGUUGGCGCGUACGGGGGCUGCCGCUGCACAGGCCGGAGGCGGACUGGUGGGGCGACGAGUUGGUGACUGGUUUUGGCUGUGCAAUGCCGGCUGGUCGAGUCUGGAGCGAUUGGGCGUGUUGCUGUUGUUGUUGUUGUUGUUGGUGGUGGUGGUGGUUCUGGUGAGAGGACUGGCUAUGUCGCUGUACGAAAGCCAGCUCCAGUUAGCUAUGUCGAAUAGAGAGAGCGAGGCCCACAGCGGAAGAUCCGAGCUGAGAGAAAGUAAACAAAAAAGAAAAGAUGGGUGGGCGCUGGUGGCGGCGGAGAAAGUCUCUGGGCAGAGCGGUUUUAUCAACAGGUGGCAAGUCCUGGAGCGGAAAUUAGAAGCCUCGGGAGGUGUCAAUCAUGGAGAAACAAGGGUGUUGGAGUCUGUGAGAGACUUGUGUGACUGGACAGGCUCAGAAAGAAAGACGCAAAAGAAGAAAAAGAAGAUCUGCGGGGAGCAAAGAGACGCAAGGGAGGGUCGUCGUGGGCCGGGGGGGGAAGCGAGGGAGAGGAGACCCGGCCAGCUUCGCAACGCUCCACCCGGGCUAGUCCCAAGCGACGACGGCCUGCUGCUCAACGGCGCACCGCCCAAUCGUAUCCGUGGGCGGCUGUGGGCGGCUGGUGGCUUGGAUGGAGGAUCAGUGGAGCUUGUCUCCUUCGGCCUCGCGCGUGAGAAGGUUUUUUGGCUGUCCUCGCGACCGGGCGGCGACAGGUGUGUUGUGGCCGGGCACUCCGCUCGCAGGCUCUCUCUCUCUCUCGGAACAUUGAAAAAGGAAAAGGUAAAAAUAAAAUAA